ACGACCUACGGCUCAUCAAAAGACACAGUAACAAAAGGUGAAAAGUUGCACUGGCUCAGCUGCGCGCGUCAACAUGCCGAGGUACAACUUCUUAUUGUGCGUAAUGGUGCUCGUAUCUUUGGGCCAGUCCGGGAGCGACGAGCCCAAUCUGCUGCUGCCUCCAUCCAGUGAAGCGCCUACGGACGCCGGCUUGUCUCUGCUGGAUGAGGACGCAGGCGCUCACGAGUGCUCGGCGUGCGUGUGGAGGGAACAGAGCAAAGUGCUGAGACUGGAGACCAUCAAGUCACAAAUCCUGAGCAAACUGCGCCUAAAGCAAGCGCCCAACAUCAGCCGCGAAGUGGUGAACCAGCUGCUGCCCAAAGCACCGCCGCUGCAGCAGCUCCUGGACCAUCACGACUUCCAGGGGGACGCAUCCUCCCAGGACGAGUUCAUGGAGGAGGACGAGUACCAUGCCACCACAGAGUCGGUCAUCACCAUGGCGUCCGAGCCGGAGCCUUUGGUGCAGGUGAAUGGCAAACCAAGCUGCUGCCUGUUCAAGUUCAGCCCCAAACUCAUGUUCACUAAAGUGCUGAAGGCACAGCUAUGGGUGUACCUGCGGCCACUACAGCAGACCUCCACAGUGUACCUCCAGAUCCUGCGCCUGAAGCCCAUCACAGACCAAGGCAGUCGCCACAUACGCAUCCGCUCGCUCAAGAUCGAGCUCAACUCCCGAGUGGGCCACUGGCAGAGCAUCGACUUCAAACAUGUGCUGCAGAACUGGUUCAAGCAGCCGCACACCAACUGGGGUAUCGACAUCAGCGCCUUCGAUGAGAGCGGCAAUGACCUGGCCGUUACCUCGCUGCGACCCGGGGAGGAGGGGCUGCAGCCGUUUCUGGAGGUGAAGGUUUUGGAGACCACCAAACGAUCUCGGAGAAACCUGGGUCUGGACUGUGAUGAGCACUCCACAGAGUCGCGCUGCUGUCGCUACCCUCUGACGGUGGACUUCGAGGCCUUCGGAUGGGACUGGAUCAUCGCGCCCAAGCGCUACAAAGCUAACUACUGCUCGGGCCAGUGCGAGUACAUGUUCAUGCAGAAGUACCCACACACUCACCUGGUGCAGCAUGCCAACCCCCGCGGCUCAGCGGGGCCCUGCUGUACGCCUACCAAGAUGUCCCCCAUUAACAUGCUCUAUUUCAAUGACAAGCAACAGAUCAUUCACGGGAAGAUCCCGGGGAUGGUGGUGGAUCGGUGUGGCUGCUCUUAGGCUCACAGACUCUCAUGUACAGCCACCAUCGCAUCGCCACCAAAACCCUGGCAGCACAACUCCA